CGUUAUAAUCAAUCUAUGUGAAGGAUAAAUGGAUCUUUAAAAUAAAGGAUAUGAAAAUAUUUCAUUUAAACAUUUAUAAAUCUAUGGUUUAAUCCACAGAACAGAUUAUGAAUCGUCUCUGCGUGUAUUUUAAGACCUUAUUUAGAUCCAUAUCAGGGCUGUUCCUGGUGUAUCUCAGAAAUUUAUAAACUUAAUAUUUAGAUCUGACGGCUCAACUGUUAGCUGAGCAACAUUAGCAAAGCUAACACUUAUGAGAGAAAGUUUAAAAUAGUUUAGUGGUGAAAACCACGACUGAAAACAAUGGAAGAUAUUUUCAACCAAGUGUUUAAAACCGCAUGUGGUUUCACAAACGUCUGUUGUUGAAUAUUUUAUCAUUUAAACAACAAAUGGUUGUUGUUUAGGAGCUUAGCUAACAGGGAAGCUUAGCUGGAAGAUAAUGAGCCUUAUAGAUUUAAUGCAACUUAUCUAUAGUUGACGCACAGAUCUGUAAUUAUCGCUGUGCUCAUAUUUAUUGACGUUAUGUUGUUAAUUUAAUGUCUUCGACGAUCAGGUUAACACUAAGCUAGCCAGAGGCAGCUAACUAGCAUCAGUGUGAAUUGUUUCAUAUUUAUAAACUACAGGAGCGACAGCGGACAUGUAUCCAGAGGCUAAUUUAGUCUUACCAUAGUUGGAUGUUUUAAUGAAACUGUUUCGUUGAGACUGAAGCGACAUUCAUUAAUUUGCAGUAACUUUGAUGAGGUGAUCGCAGCUAACAUUAACUAGUUAGCCAACAUUAGCCCGUUUGACCGUUCAUAGUCCGCAUCCAGAACACUGAGCACGGUACCGGUACCGGACGGUGUUAGCGUUUACUUUUACUAUAGCUUUUUAAGUUCUCGUUUAAGUCUGAAUUACAUAUUAUUUGAGUCAAAUCAGUGAAUAACCGGACCGGAAGAGUUUAAAAUGUCAUGUUAGCAUGCUUAUCUCUGUUAGCAAGCAGACAUUAGGGUCGGUUCAACUCGAGGAUGGACACUGCUGAUGGUGGUUGUAUUAAUGUGAAGACAUAUUUAUAACUGUAUCAGAUGAAUAACGGAUGAAAACAGGUAUACGUGUUAGUUUCUUUUUCUUUUUUUUUUUAAAUUCAAACUGAAUGGAAAUGGCUGCUGAGUAAGAUAUCCCUCCGCCUCCGUGCACUCUACCAGCACCAGGAGGAGGGGACGUGGCGGAGGGAUACAGUUGUAGCGCCGUCGUCAGUCCAGGUUUGCAGCCUCAAACGGUGCUAACAGCUAACAGCUCCAGUCUGUGGACAUCACUCAUUCAAUGAGUAUUUUACAGAAAGACUACGUUUAAAAGCGGAAUUUUUACGGAAUAAGUUUCUAUUUAACAUAUAAACGCUCCGGACAAGGUGAGAGGGGGACGAUGGAGGUGGAGUGUGCAGCAGGCGGAGGCUCUGACCUGCUGAUGGAGUGUGAUGAAGAGGAGCAGGAGGUUUGGCCUUCAUCACCAGAGACAGACGAAGAGGAGGAGGAUGAAGGUGAACAGAUAAAACAAGGUCUGGAGGCUGAUGUCAGUCCCAUGGAGCAGGGGAAGGAGACUGACCCCCCAGCAGUCAGGAUCAUUCCCAUCCCAGUCCAACCAGUGAACAGCUGCAGCCCCCCCCCAGUCCACACAGUGAAGUCGUCAGGUGGCCUGGGCUUCCUGGUGAAUGGUCGGUCGGUUCCUCUGCUGCCUGGAGGUGGAGGUGUGGAGCUGAAGCUGCGCUCUCAUCCUGGAGGUUCAGCCAGUGGGUUCACUACAGUCCAGAUCCCCGUCACUCUGACAGUCCACAGUCCUGCAGGGACCCAGCUCAUCAGCACCACGGCCUCCCUGACUGCCUCCGUCAGCUCACACACGCUCCCUGCUCCUCCUGCUGCUCUGCCCGAACCUGCACCUGAGGCUGAGCCCACUCCCAUCAUCACAGGUGUCGUCUCAGGUGAAGCAGCUCAGAAGGUUCUGAGUGACCACAGAGUGAACUUCAAACCUGGCCUGCCUCAGGUCGACCUGAAGACUCCGCCCUCUGCUACUGCACCUGCCCCACCCACCCUCCCCCUCCCCUCCCCUCGGCCCACCCCCAGCAGACUGGCAGCGGCUCACAAGCCGCGACGCAAAGGUCAGGGACCGGUCCCUCCUCCAGACUGUCUGGUCUGUGUGUCUCAGUACAAACUCAUCACAGAGCUCAGAGGAUUCAUGUGUAUGUGCAGUCCUGAGAUCGCUCAGAGUCUGAAGAACCUGAAGAAGAAGAACAGAUCUUACAGGAAGCACAGAGACAGGAAGACUUCUAGAGACUCAGGGAGCAGCAGUAAAGUGUCCAGGACUCGACCUGGACCUGGACCUGGACCUGGACCUGGACCUGGACUCCCUGCUAGGACUCGCAGGUUGUCUGAUGACCUCCUGUCAGGCCAGUUCACCGCCCCCCCCUACAACAUCCUCCAUCAGGACCAGUCCGAGCCCCCCUCAGACCCCCCCCAUGGUAAACUGGUCAUACUGGUGGAGGACUUUUACUACGGCUCCGCCCCCGGACGGAGCGGGCUCAGACCCAGCCUGCAAGGCAGGAAGUUCACAGGACCGUACCGCUGCAUUCACUGUUCCAAGACGCUGCGCAACAACAUCCAGUUGAUGAGUCACAUGUGGCAGCACGUGACCAUGAUGUCUCAGGAGGACGGAGACGUGGACUCAGCCUCUUCAUGUCCUCACUGCUUCCGUCACUUCCUGUCCCCGUUCAAACUGCAGUGCCACCUGGAGGCUGUUCACAGCCAGUACAAGUCCACAGCGACCUGCAGGAUCUGUGAGCUGGACUUCAGCAGUGAACCAGAUUUCCUGUGGCACAUGAAGAACACUCAUAAACCAGGAGAGAUGCCGUACGUCUGCCAGGUGUGUGACUUCAGGUCGUCCUUCUACUCAGACGUCUGGUCUCACUUUGAGGAGGUUCACUCUGACACCAAACACCUGCUGUGUCAGUACUGUCUGAGAGUCCUGCGCAGCAACACCUGCUAUCAGCAGCACUUCGCCAGACACCAGAAGAAACACGUGUUCGGCUGUGAGAAGUGUCGCCUUCACUUCCUGUACGUUAAAGAACGCAUCGAACACAAACUGCUGCAUCACAAAACCCACAUCAGACCGCCUCAGCUCACCGGACUCAGACCUGGGACCAAGGUGACGGUGAGGACGUACUCUGUGGUCAGAGGAUCUGAGACUGAAGAAGCUGAGCAGAAAUCAGCCGUUCCCUGUAAGGUGGUGGAUGUUGACCCCCCUCCCCCCCCACAGGAGCCUCCUAAGAGAAAAUCAGUGGAGAGUCUGGGCCCCCUGCUGAGCAGCCUCAGUCAGACCACUGGUGUCUCCUGCCCCCCCCCUCGCUGUGUGGAGUGUCUGUCUGUGGUCCAGGACUUCAGGACCCACUUCCCAUCUCUGGUCCACUGCUCCCUCUGCAGGUUCAUCACCUGCUGCUCCACCUCCUACGCCAACCACAUGAUCAAUAACCACGCGACCUGCAGGAAGACUCCUCCGUACCAGAGCAUCUUCCUGUCAGACCCCCGGUCGUCUCAGAGGCUGGACUGUGAGUCCUGUUCACUGUCCACCUACAGAGGAGACCUGAUGGCCAAUCACCUGACAGAGAGACCUGAUCACUGUUGCAGAACACACUCAGAGACGAGCGUCAGCAGAGCUCAGCCAACACACAACUCUCACAGCGUUACUUCACCAGGUGGUCGGGGUCGUGGAUCCUUCAUCCCCAUCCACCUCCUCCCCUCCGGUCAGACCUCCACCCAGCUGUCAGUGAAACCCCUCACCUCCCCCUCUCCCCUCUCCUCUCCGCCGGCCAUGACCAUCAAGUUCCUGGGGCCCCGCCCACAACCUGAGCAGCCUCCAGGUCCUCCUCUGUCGGCGUCCCAGCUCUCCGUCGUCCUCUCCUCUCUGUGUCACGGCCUCUCUCAGGCCUCCCGCCGCUACCUCACGCCGGCCGCCAAGAUCUCGUCAUGGACGCGGCAGCAGGAGCGUGGGCUGUGGGGCAGGAGGUGGAGCUGGGGCUCAGAGAAGCUGUCGGAGUGGCUGGUGAACCAGAGGGAGCAGCAGCUGACAGUGAACGAAGCCCUGCUGCUGCAGGCGGCCAGAGGAGCUCUGGGAGAGCACAGUCAGCUGCUGGACUGCUACCGCUGGACCGUGGACUUCCUGCUGAGACACGACGCCAGUCUGCAGACUGCCACCACCACUGCCACCACCAACAGAGUCGCACUGCCCGCCAAGAUCAGAGACAACAUCCACUCAUUCAUACAGUCCACCUGCUCCCAGAUCCAGACGACAGCUCUCCCCCCUCACUGCGUCGCCUCCAUGGACGAGUUCUCCAUCUUCGUGGACUCAGACCGGUUCAGUAAUCAGAGCCCGGCAGCCUUCCAGCUGUCGGGGUCCUCUGAGGACAGACCUGUGCUGGACGUGGUCCUUUGUGCUCUGUCUGACGGGACCCUCCUCCCCCCCCUGCUGCUCUUCAGAGGAGCUCCCUCACAGGUUCCUGAAGGGUUCCCUGACAACGUCCUGCUGGAGGCUCGACAGGAAGGAUUCACCGAUGACCACCGUCUGCACAUCUGGAUCGACAAGGUGUGGCGCCCCCACGUGGCCGACAGUCAGUCUGUCCUGAUGGUGGACGUCCAUCGAGGUCACGCGACGGACAGGUUCAGAGAGCAUCUGUCCUCGGUCUCCACGGACCUGAUCCUGAUCCCGUCAGGAUGCAGCUGUCGCCUGCAGCCGCUCGACGUCUGCGUGACGCCAGUGCUCAGAGACUUCCUGCAGGCCCGGUGGACUCAGCUGGUGUCUCAGGGGGGUCUGGAUGGUCUGGGUCUGGACCAGCUGGCUCUGACUCUGGCCUGCUGGAUCAGUGAAGUCUCCUUUGCGCUGAACUCCGAGACAAACUUCCUGCGCAGGUCAUUCAGCUCAGUGUGCGACCUGCAGCAGGUGGAGGAUCGACGGGAGGCAGCGACAAUGAUCCGAGCUCUGACCGAGGUUCUCAUCCAGCCCCUGGACACACCGGAACCAGGACCAGGACUAGGACUAGGACCAGGACCAGGACCGGAGCUGGAGCUGCUGCUGGUGAUGGAGGAGGAGAAACAGGAGAAGAUAGAGAUCAGGGAGGAGGAGGAGGAGAAACGCAGGAUAAACACAGAGAUGGACGACUGAUCCAGUUAUAGAGGAGGAGGAGGGGGAAGGGGAGGAGGAGGUGAUGCAGGAGGAAGUGUGUGGUUCCUCUGCAGUGUUAAACCUUCUGUCACAGAAACAGGAUGUUUUUCCUGUUGACCCUUCACAGUAAAAGUCUGUGAUUCACCUGUAUAAAGCUUUUAAUGUGAAAGAGCAGCAGCAGGAAGUAGCUGCAGGGAAACGAUCUGAUUGGUGGAAAUGAACAAAUCGAUGGCGCUGAGAAUCUACCUCAGAGAAAAUCAGACAUCAGCCGUCAGAGCUGAUCAGAACUCUCCCAUAACUGAUCGAUAAACUGAUCAAUCAGCUGUUGGAUGGUGUUUGUAAAUGAAUCAUUUGUUAGUUUUUUAUCGCAGCAUGAAUUCAUCUGAGAUUUUCAAAUAAAGAGACGAUGAUCAGACUGAGA